GACUUCAAGAUUGAUUAUGUAUGAUAUACGUAUGAUGUUUCAUUCAAGUCAAAGCUAGAGACAAAGUCUUUGGAAUUUUUGAUACAAAAUCUAUUUUUAUUCAAAUUGAAAGCUUCAUUUUAACAAUACUUCGUAAACUUCUUCUGCCCGUGAGUGCAUUUGACAUAACUACUUCAGAGCUUAAGCAGCCAUGCUCAACAUAAUGGAUAUCUCUUUACUCACCUCCCAAGUUCUCUUUCUUCUAACUUUGUUCUUUUCCAUCUCUGAUAUCACAGCUCAAUCAAACUUUUCAUGCUCUGUGGAUUCACCCUCCUCCUGUGAAACUUAUGUAGCAUACUUUCCGCAGCCUCCCAAUUAUCUGAAUCUGGGAAACGUAUCUGAUCUAUUUGAGGCCAGCAGCUCAUCCAUUGCAAAAGCUAGUAACCUAGUAUCUGGAGUCAACGAGACAAAGUUAUUUCCUGGCCAACUCUUACUAGUACCUGUUACCUGUGGCUGCACUGCAAAACGUUAUUUUGCCAAUAUCACAUACCAGAUCAAGAAAGAUGAUAGCUACUACUUAGUCUCAGUCAAUUCAUUCGGGAAUCUAAGCAACUGGAAUGAUGUUCAAGGGCUGAACCCGACUCUGAACCCAAACCUCUUGCAGAUAGGUGUGGAAGUUAUCUUUCCUUUGUUUUGUAAGUGCCCCUCAGAAACCCAUUUGAAAAAUGGUAUUUCAUACAUCAUUACCUACGUAUGGCAACCCACCGAUGAUGUCUUGCAAGUAAGUGCUAAGUUUAAUGCCUCACUGGAGAACAUUGCAUCUGAAAAUGGCUACCGGAACUUCAGCACUGCAGUGAGUCUUCCGGUAAUGAUCCCCGUUUCACAGUUGCCAGCUCUCUCUCAAAUUUACCCGACUGAGCAGUCUCAUGAAGGAAGUCAUUCCAAACGUCCUUGGAUCAUCAUCCUUAUUGUAAGCUUGGGAGGUGCUAUGUUGAUCUUUCUUUUGACAGCUUUGUUGGUCCAUUCUCAUCGUUCACGUCAGAGGAAGAAGGAAAUGAAACGUGUUGGUUCCUCGCUGGAGAACAGUGUUCUGAUUAAAAUGAAGGAACAAUCAAGACGUGAAAACUUUGAGCCUAAGAUCACGCAAGGUAAGCUACUUCCUGGAGUUUCUGGCUAUCUCAGUAAGCCAAUCAUGUAUGAGACUAAAGCAAUUAUCGAGGCAACGGCAAACUUUGAUGAACACUGUAGGAUUGGGGGAUCAGUGUACAGGGCGACUAUCAAUGGCCAGAUCUUAGCAGUAAAGAAAACCAAGGAAGAUGUCACAGAGGAACUAAAAAUUCUGCAGAAAGUAAAUCAUGCGAAUCUUGUGAGGUUAAUGGGAAUCUCCUCUGACACUGAUGGGAAUCGCUUCUUGGUCUAUGAAUAUGCUGAAAAUGGAUCACUUGAUAAGUGGCUGCACUCGAAUUCUUCAAGCUCUUCGGUCAUCCUCACAUGGAGUCAGAGGCUAAACAUUGCACUAGAUGUAGCCAACGGCCUGCAAUACAUGCACGAACACACUCAGCCCACCAUUGUUCACAGAGAUAUCCGAGCAACUAAUAUACUUUUGAACUCCGGGUUCAAGGCAAUGAUUGCAAAACUCUCACUGGCUAGAUCUGCAACGAACUCUGCGAUGCCAAAAGUGGAUGUCUUUGGUUUUGGAGUUGUUCUACUAGAGUUGCUUUCAGGAAAGAGAGCCAUGGAAACAAAGGAAAAUGGGGAGGUUGCUCUGUUGUGGAAGGACAUAAGGUGGAUCUUGGAAGUGGAAGACAAUAGAGAGGAGAGGUUAAGAAGUUGGAUAGAUCCAAACUUGGAGAGCUUCUAUCCGAUCGAUGGCGCUAUCAGCUUGGCAACUUUGGCGAGGGCGUGCACACUGGAUAAAUCCAUGGAAAGGCCAAGCAUGGGAGAAAUCGUUUUCAACCUGUCUGUUCUUACUCAGUCGCCUUCUGAAACUUCAGAAAGAUCAUGGACUUCAGGGGCAGAAGGAGACCAAGUAAUUCAUAUUAUAAGUCCAGUCACAGCUCGCUAAUUUAGCUCUUUUUAUAUUUUCAUGUACUAAAUACCCUUGAGGAUUUUCAUUCUAAUAAUUCAAAUAGUUGAAUCGGAAUUUAUGCAUGCAUUUUGCAAUUCUGAUGAUAACAGAAACAAGUUGACAAUCCUGAUUUCAUAGGCAAUGCCAAGUAGGAAACCUUCUAGCAGUAUAUGAUUGUUAUGAAGAUAAACUCAAAUUCCAUCCCAAACAUGAAAAACCUUCAUCGAUUUCCCCUUGCCAUGAAUUGGAGUAAAUGGAGAGAAUCGGGUGGUGGCUGGUGGCAGAUUAUGGUCUGGCAGCUUGAAGGUUAAGCAACAGUAGUGUAAGAUUAGUUGACAAGUAAAAUAGGUUUGGUUCUCUUACGCUAACCAUUUAACACAAGCUGAAUUUCUCCUUGUGUACUUGAUCCGAAUCUGCAACAUCAGUAAGUCACUUAAGCCCGACCUGAUAGAAAUUUAGCUGUAAUGACAGUUUUAACUGCUUAUGAAACACACCUUUGCAAAUCUAACACUAAACAGACACUGUAAAGGCAUCACAUUCCCAAACACCCCUCCACCCCAAGAAAUAAGUAAAUAUAUGAUUUAUUUUCCUCAAGAGGGACAAUGAAACAGUUUUAAGGGUGUCAACUAUUUGCCUAUGUAGUGAAGUUCGAUUGUUUGUACUUCCCAUUAAAAACAGUUUGAUUGCUCCCCUUUUUAUGUUAAGUUAUCUCACUUUUUGUAACAGUAGCGUACAACUUUUUUUUUGAUAAGUAAGAA